GAGAUGAUAGACAACCUCGGCGCGCAGACGGCCGACCUGGUGCUGGACUACAUUCGAGGCAUUGUCUGGUGGAAGCAGCACAGGUUUGGCGAAAUGGUGAGGACCACUGGCCUCAUGAGUUUCAAGGGGCACGUCGCGGCCGAGAUCAGCGCCCACACGGGCGUGGACCUGAACUUAGUCGAAUUCCAGGAUAAGGAGCAGAUGAGCUUCAAGCUGAUCAGUUGGAACGCUCCGGGAAUCGCAAAGCACAACGCCGAGUCCUUUGCGGCGACGCUGCGCGAGCAGCACGAUUACGAUGUGGCCAUCCUCCAGGAGGGGGGCUAUUGGGGCAAGACCACGAAGCUAGAGGCCGGCGAAGGCGACCUCUACUUGGUCACACCGCGAGUCGAGGGGCAGAAGCAGAUGGGACACUCUCUCAGCCGGCACGAGGACUCCAUGGAGGAGCUCUCCGACCUGGUCAUGAUGGCGCCGCCCGGGGCGUGUCCGAUCGCGGGCGCGGACGCGCAGACGGCUCUGCCUCCCCCGCAGGCGGGCGAGGAGCGCUGGAUUGGGGACUUCCCGGUCGGUCAGCGCACGCGUCGCGCCGAGAUUUUGACGCGGCUUCUGGCGCAGCGCGACCUUGCGGCGACGAACACGUUCACUGCGGCGGCCAGCGGACCCACUUCCCACUACGACUUCAAGCACCCGCCUGCCCAGAUCGACUAUGGCCUGAUACCUGCUCGCGACAUCUGGAAGGUCAGCACCACGCUCGAAGAGAUCGCCGACAGCGCGCGGUCCGACCACUCGGCCAUCAAGCUGGAGCUCACCCUCGACACCACGAGGCGCUACGUCUGGAUCGGAGGCCGCGCGCCUAUGAAGGGCUGGACCUGCCUCGACAACGGCUUUCAGCGCUGGAGCCGCAGCGCCUGCUACGCCGACCGCAACCCAGCGCCGAUUGCAUCUAUGACGGGCGCCGUGCACCUGGCUGCCGCAGCCCGCGGCAGGGGUCCGCCAGCGCGGAAAGUCCCCAAGCUCCCCGAGAGCCACGAGCUCAUGCAGAUGCCGCGGAUACUGGAGGCGCGUCGGCGGGACACCCGCGACCGCGCGCAGCGCGCGAUCUACAGCAAGGACAUCAUAAGGAUUCGCAGGAAGAUCUGGACCGCGAACAGGGCCCUGCAGCACGGCUUACACGAGGCUGGCAAUCCUCGAGCACGAGCACCUCACCGAGCUCAGCCUGGGCCGGCCUACAACCAGCUGGUGAACACGGAGGGGGAGAUCGAGGACGACCCGCUGCGGAUCAAGGACCCUGUCGGGGCCUCUGCCUACCCCACCCACUUCAUGAAGGAGGAUGCGCUCGACAUCCCGCCCUUCUCGCCCCAGAUGCUCCGCGAGGCUCUGAACGACAUGAAGACCAUGAAGGCGCCUGGCGUGGACGGGGUGGUCGCCGAGGUCCUGCAGGCCCUCGACUCGGGCUUCCUUGCCUCGCUUGCGGCCGUCUUCGAGAACCGCUUCCGCGGGGUGCCAGAGCACGCCGGGGGCCAAGCCUG